CAUUUUCUGAGCGCUUGAGAGCGUUCUGUUUCCCCUCCCCCCUCGCCAAUUAACAAUGACCCGGCAGAAAUCCAACAAGACCAAUCCGGUCUUCACGUACCACGAGCGGCAGAUGCUGACGUACGGCACGCAGCGCGCGCGUGUUGGUCGAGACUCGUGCCGGGACUUUGAUGCGUGCUUCCUGUGCCUCGCCCCAGCUCAGGAUCCCGUGUGCUGCCCCGAAGGCCACAUUGCUUGCAAGGAGUGCAUGUACUCGUCACUGCUCUCGCAGAAGCAGGAUAUCGCCAUGAAGGAGCGGCGGUUUGAGCAGCAGUGCGCUGAGGAGGCGGCCAAGGAGAUCAAGCAACGCGCGGCCGCGAUGCAGGCGCUCGUGGACGACCUGUACCGGAAUCAGUCCAUGAUUGUCCCGCAAAAGCGGGCAGUGUAUUCGGCGGCAGAUGCGCAGGCGGCAGGCAUCCAGCCAGUGACCUUUGCGAACGGACCCAGCCGCCCGGCAGCCAGCGACCCCGCGCCGUCUUCCAAUACGACCUCCUCGCCCGCUAGCUCGGCAAGUGGAGCUGUAAGCAACGUUGGAGCGGCUGCUGCGCUCGCGGCGGAAGGCAACGGACCGAACUUUGUCAGCUUCACGGCUUCCAACGGACUGGAGUUUGUGCUCGAUGCGAAUGCAGUCGAGGCCAAACGCAAGCAACAGCAGGAACAAGCGCUAGUGCAGUUGCAGAAUAACGCGGUCUCGGUCCACGCCAAGCCCGGUGAUGCCAAGUACCUCCCUAGUUUCUGGAUUCCCGCGCUCACGCCCGACGCACAGCCCGUCAAGCUCGAGCGCCCUUCCACCGACACGCUGUGCUUAGCCGGCGCGCAUCACCACCCCAUCAAGCUCAAGCAACUCAUUCCCGUGAACUUUUCACCUGCCACUGCCAAGGUCCAGCUGCAAGACGACCCCAAUUCCACGGCUGCAUCUGCAGGAAGUGUCACGCGAGGGGUGAAGCGGACGGCUGCAGAGGCCAAGGACUCUUGGAUGUGCUCUGGCUGCAUCAAAACUCUGACCAACAGCCAACGGCUGUGUGUCUUGCGCCCUUGUGGCCAUGUGUUUUGCCGAACAUGCGUUGACAUGUUCAUUGCUCCUGCCUCAGCAGCCAGCAGCACUUCAUCGGCGUCAUCUUCGUCGGCGUCAGUGUCAGGGCCAUCGUCAGUGCCCGGUGCCUGUGUUGUAUGCAAUGCAAAGGUGCGAAAACAAGACGUGAUUGACGUGCGCUCUGAAGGCACAGGCUUCGCUGGGCACGGCGAGGGCUUGGUUGCCGUCCGACACGAUGUGGCAUUCCAAGGCUUCUGAGUUCUAUGGCGUAGUGCGGCUUGUUGUGGAUUUGGCGUGUUGUAUUGGAAGAUCAAGUGCACUUGCCGC